AUGCCGUCUCUUAUCCUCACAGUUCUCUUUGUCCAUAUUGCGAUCUAUCUGAUCAAUACUAUCGGUGCGACUACCAUCGAUGCCUUGCUAUGGAUUCUCUACCUCAAAUUCCCCACUUCGAUCUCCGCGAACGCGCGUGAGCAAAACCGUCUGAAGCGCGAGGUUCUCCAGUUGAAGCGUGAAAUGAACAAUACGAGCUCCCAGGAUGAAUUCGCUAAAUGGGCUAAAUUGAGAAGGCGUCAUGACAAGACUAUGGAGGAGUAUGAGUCCAUAAACAAGACUAUCACCUCCCAGAAGACCUCCUUCGACUGGACCGUUAAGAUCAUCCGAUGGCUCAGCACGGUCGGUUUAAAGAUCUUCAUCCAAUUCUACUAUACGAAAGUGCCCGUUUUUGAGCUCCCGCCCGACUGGUUCCCAUACUACCUUGAAUGGAUUUUGGCCUUUCCGCGUGCCCCCAUGGGAUCUGUUAGUGUGCAAAUUUGGAGCGGUGUUUGUGCGGCGUCUAUUGCUCUCAUUGCGGAAGUUGUUACAUCCACAUUUCAGCAAGUGAAAACCGGGCUCACUAAGUCGCCUGAGGCCGAGGCUAAGAAGACGCAAUGA